UACUAUAGGGCAAGGCAAGUUCUGUAAGUAGUAGCAGUCAACAGACAGCAUCGACCGGAAUUGGGCAAAAUUGGCCCCUGCGAAGGAGCCCCGUACCAUGUCUUUUACUGUAAGUAGACGGGCUCUUAUGAAAGGUCUAGGGUCCUCGUCCGAUUUUGGUGUUUGGAAAUCCUUGAGGAUCGGUUUUAGUGAGAGGGGUUUGUGAGCACGCAUAACACGACCGGGUCACGAUCGCAUAUAUAUCCAAGCAGAUGGGUGUAUGAUCCGAUAUGCUCAUGACUCAUUGGGAUAUAUAUACGUGUACUUCUGACUAGAAAGAGCGGUCGAGACUUGGCAGAUGCCUGUGUAUUCAUGCGUGUAUGUGUGCAUAAGAGAGCAAAUCCGUAUCAAAGCCGAUUGUUGUUGGUUGUCGAAGCAAUAAGACGGCGGUGAAAAGGCGAGCAGCUUUGGAGCCGAGUCUUACAAGGACAUGAGGUAUGUCAUUCUCGGUUAGGCGGCGACGGCAUAGACGACGGCGAUGGUUCCGACACGUUCCACCUAUAGCUCACUCUCAAUGCAGCACUAUUGCUAUCAAUCAGUUCUUGAUCCAUAGGUACUUGGGCGAUCUUGUAGGAGAGUGGUCGUUGGUGUACGGAAUAGCGUUUAGCAUUUUAGCUGCCAUUACUUGUUCUACUCCCAUAGUAGUAGAGUAUGUGAUUCAGCACAUCGUCCAUCUCUACUUCUCCACUAAGAUAUCACAGGAGGUGGUGUAUUGUAUUGUUUUCAUGAUUAUUGGAAGCGUGGAAAGGAUACGGUGAACUGAUAAGUGUGCUUACAACGGCCACUUAGAGUCCACACGUCGAGAUUAUACCCUUGAUAACUUACCCUGUUGAUGCUGG